AUGGCCACUCUGCAGCGUCCACUCGCUGCUACACCCCUCGCACCCGCACCGGAUUCGACCGCGCCCGCUCAAGCCUUUGAUCCGUCCGCCGUUCCUCGAGGACCUGCUGGGCUCGCCUCUACGGCCGAUCGUCAUGCGCUGGGUGGCGAGAGGGAGCAGGAAGGGGAUUUGAUUGAUUUGGGACAGGAAAGGCUGUUCACGGGGUCGAGGACGCGAACGCAGAAGGUCGAGGAGGGGGCGAGCGAUGAGGCGAAUGGGACACGACAGGCUCAGGGAGGGACGGGAAGCUCGUCUGAGCGGAUAGAGGGAUCACAGGAACUCCUUGGUUCGCUCGGCGCCGCACGACACGCUUUCCUGUUUGCGCUGAACGGGCUCGUACAGAGAUGUUUGGGAGGAGCCAUGUCUGCCCAGCAAUCGCCGCGACCAGAUCAGGCGACUUCGUCUGACGGCGCUCCGCCAGGUUUCGACUCCACUCUGCGACGACACUCGCUUGCCGUACCUACACCCUCGCAGGUCGCUUCACAGCAGCCCGACAUCCUCCUCACAGCCGUUCUCGACACGCUCCGCUCCCACGACACCACGCCUUUCUCCGCUUCUCCCGUCAUGCUCUCCGUCGAACGCGCUUCGCCUCUCCUCGGCAGCCGGCGGCAGGCCGCUACGCCGAACUCUGCGCUCAUACAGGAGCUGCAGACUCGAGUCGAAGUCGCAGCAAACGACUUGCUCCCUCCGACCGAAGCAGAACUCGCUCGUACUCUCGCCUCCCUCCUCUCCUGCAUCGAGCGACUCUCGAGCAUCACUCAGUCUAGCGAUACGUACACACGUCCCACGUUUUCCGCCUCCCCUUCCCGACCGCCAAGUACGGCUUUCGUCGACGGAUCGACACCUUCGGCCUUCUACGAAGCGCUCGGACAGGAAGCCGCCGCGCUGUCCGAGUCGAGCCGGGAGCAGCAACUUCCGCGCGGUGUCGUUGGCGCAGCACGCGAGGUCGAGCAAGCGGAGCGAGAUUUGCUUUGGGGCAGGGUAUUCGACUUGUCUGAGCGGGUCAAGCUCUUGUCCCGCCAGCGAGUCGAGGCGCUCGAGCGAGAUGGCAAGGAGGACUGGAUGCGAACUCCGCAGGACGCAUCGCAGGACACGAAGUUCCGCACCGACUCGCUGUACGAGGGGUCGUUGAGCGACUUGCCUCGGUACUCGCACGACCUCGACUCGGCUCAUCAGAACCCGCACCUCCCGCCAGCUUACUACCACGACUUUAUCGCCGACGACAAGAAGGAAGCUCUCGCUUCCAACGGCGACGAAGCAACAGACUUGCAGCGCUCGUCAACCUCCGCACCUCGAACUCGCCAGCGCAAAGUAUCGGGGGCGCACACCGAGAAAAUGCAGCGGGACUUUGAGAACGUCACGUCCGCCAUCGAGCGGCUGUACCUCAUCUCGCCGCAGCUGGCGAACCAGCGAGUCGAGCCGGACCGCCGUGCCCUGCGCGAACGCCAGCUCGCCAAGCUCGGAAAUGCGAUCGAGCGGCUGAGUCAGGGGAGGCUAGAGAAUCAGCGGGCGGUGCCGAGUCCCGCGAUGGAUGAGGACGAGCAGGAAUCGACGCCGCAGAGUCGAGCGACAAGUCGGCGAGCGAGGGAGCAACAGGCUUUCGAUCGCCUGCUCGACCAGAUCGACAAGGCGGCGUCGCGGACACUGGCGGAUCAGCGGGUGGAGCUGAGCGGGAAGCGAAGGGAGGUCCUCAACCUCGACACCGCCAAGAACGACUUCGAACCGCUGUCGGACAAGUACGAGGCGCGACGGCGGGAGUACAUCCUCUCCCACACGGGCAAAGGCCGCCUCGCCUCUCAAGAUGCCAUCCUCCGACCCUCUGGCGUUGUCGCACCUUUCCCUCGACCAGCACCGGAGCUUGAGGAGAGCGUCACGUUUGGCGAGUUUCUCGAGGAGGAGUACGGCUUCAACCGGCCUCGGAGUCAUUCGCUGCCGAACAACGCACUGGAGCGCGAAAAGCCUGAAGCUGCCGGCGAAAAGGGAUCUCUCCGAGUCGGGCUGCUCAAGAAGGGUCAAGGCGGGAUCGGCUUGGGCAUGCUCGAUACGAGCGUGACGCCCUCGACCGCGGCGGACUACGAGGUCCUGGACGUCCCGCAAGUCGACUGGAUUGCCGAAGAGUCGCGCAACCUCGGCACCCUUGUGGUCACCUUCUGGCCGCGCUCCUCGCACAAGUCCAGUCCCGCCGCCUUCGAGGUUGUCGCGGUCGAGUCGUCGGCAGUUCUGGUCGCCGUGAAGGGCCAGAAGACGGCUUCACGCGUUGCGCUACCAUGCCGAGUCGUGCCUCAGCAGGCGACAGUUCAGCUCGUCGGCGGCUCCGUUUGCGAAGUCAAGCUCGUCACGCUCGGCUCGACGUCGCCUACCAAGUCUCGCUCCGACCUUGAGGUUCACUCGCCUCUGGCGACGGACGAGCUGCGAGCGACAUCGCCCACCUCAUUCCGCUGCGCGAACUGCGACGCCGAACUCGCCGACACCUCGACGGUCUCGCGCUGGAACGCCCUUCCGAGCGAGUACUGGGCCGAGUUACUCGACGCUUGGAUGUGUCAUCAGGACCAGAACUUGUCCGACGACCUCAUCGCCAAGGGCAAGGGCAUCAAGCCGCGACCCGACGAGGUCCUCGUCGCGACUUCGUACGUCCUGCUGCCGCGGGAGUUGACGAGCAAGUGGACUGCGCCCGAGCAAGCCGAGCCUGCGAAGGCCAACAACGGCGACUACCUGCAUGCCGCUCACUGCGCCUCGUGCGACGCCCUCGUCGGCUCUCACGUUCUUCCCGCCGACGGCAACACCUCCGAAUCCACCACCGUCCGCCUCCUCAAAUACGCGACCUACCCCGCUUCUUCAGAUCCGGCACGACCCGCUCCCCCUCGUCACACACUCUCGACGUAUCUCACGGCCGACAUGCUCGAGACGGGUCAAGCGCACGCAUGUCAUCGCUUCAUCCUCGAGGAUGCGCAGACUGAGCAGGCAAAGUUGCUACUCUGGUUCUUCAACCCUUCGAUCCGACUCUCCUUCUCAAGCUCGACAGCCGACGCCAACUCGCUCCUCUCGCCCUCCGACACACCUGCCGCCCCCUCACUGACUUUCCGCUCGAUGAACUCAGUCAAGGUCUUCUACGCGGUCGUCGAAAAUGACAACGCUGCAGUCUGCGCGACAUUCGUCUCGGCCAAGCACGAACGCAUCCCAUACCCCCUCUCCGUCAUCCAGCGCCUCACGAGCCUGCUGCAGGCCAGCACCCUCGUCUACCCAUUCGCGAAGCGCAAGUUUGGCGAACUCGACAUUGGCUUCCUCGAGCGUCUCUAG